AUGGAAACAAUAUAGAUUCUUUAUUUUUUACGUGCCAAUACUAUAGCAACACCCUUGCAUUGAGCUGUAGUUAACAUAGAGACUGUAUCACACUGAAACUUAUCUCUAUCCGUCCCUUGAGCUUCGAGACCCUCACACGUCUAUCGUCUGGAUACCGGUACUUUCUAUCAUCAUCAUCAUCAUCAAUCUUAAGGAACUUUGAAUCAUCAUGGGCGAAUGGAAGCAUGGUACAUUUGGUUGCUUUGAUAAUUUCGGGAUCUGCAUCAUCACGUAUUUAGUGCCCUGUUACACGGCUGGUAAGAAUGCAGAGGCGAAUGGUGAAAGCUGUAUUCUCUAUGGAUGUCUGUCCAUGUUGGGAUGUAUUGGACUCUGGUCAAUGACCAGCAUCAGAGGAAAGACUAGGGCCGCCAAAGGAAUUGACGGUUCGUGUAUCAACGAUCUGCUGUGUAUCUGGUUCUGCACCUUGUGUGCCUUGGUCCAAGAAAGCCAGGAAUGGGACAAUGGUGGCCAGGCUAUGGCACGUGAAUAAUCGCUCAGCCUUCUUCUCCUGUUCUAAUUAAUGUUAACCAACAAUAUAAGUCACCUUGGUCUUCUCAUGAGAUCCUAACCAUCCAUACAGCAAUGGACCAUCCAACCGAGGACCAUGGUCAAACCAGUCAAUCCACACUGGCCUUUUAAUCAUGGGAGUAUCAGAAAGCAGUGAUGAAACGGAAAUGAUGCAAUCUUCAUCUAACUACUAUUAAUGCAACCACCUGCUUGAAAAUAUUAAGCAUUGCUCGAAAAUUCAUUAGCUUGUCAACCUAUCCUAUUCUCUCGUGUAGAAAUAAAACGUACACAUGAACACCAAACCUUCAAAAAAGAUUGCUGAAUUAUUGUCAUGUGGCCUACUGAUGUGUAGGCCUACUGACGAACUACUGCAACGAAAUAAAGUAAUACAACAUUUGAGGCUGGUAGGAGUAUGUAAGAGGCUUUAGUAAAUAAUAUGCACACUGGGUUAUAUUUUCUUUUAAAAAAAUUACUUAAUAAUUAUGUAUCCUGAUAUACUCGGGUUGAAUCAAAUUCAUUAAUCUGUUUUACCUAAAAAUAAUUGGAAGUGUUAUAUCGUGCAUUUUGAUACACCGUAUGUUUUUUUGAUUACCUUUAUGUCCGUCAUUGGCAUAUCCUGUAAAUUAUCGAGAGCAUUAACAAAACUUAUUUGUAUUACUAAUUGAAACUAAAUUGGAUUUACACACCUAGAGACUAUUGUAUACUAAUUGAAUCUAAAUUGGAUUUACACACCUAAGGACACACUUGGGGAGAACUUGGUACAUAAUUUAACGAUUUUAUCGAACUUUUUAUGGCAGUAAACUCACCCAUGAAUGCAACAACUCGUAAAUGUACAAUCUUGAAUGAGAAUGCCAUCAGAAUUAUCACAACUUUGGUUCCUUUUAAUUAUAAGGCUCAGAGAUAGUUAUUAUCAACUUGAAUUAUAAUGAAAUAUUGUAAACUACACAUUAAUUGAAAUGAUCAGAAUUGGUGAAAAAGAUGAGUGUGUCAUUACGAUUUUGGAAAUACCCAAUACCGAUAAUUUGUAUUUCAUGGGUGUCUUCGAAAGAUGUGAAUAUCAUGUAUAUUGAGAUAAGAAACGUCUUUGUGAAAUCAAAUGAUUCAAUAAUAAAUAAUCGUAUCAGCUGCAUUUAAUAGUGUCUUUUUUUAAACGAAUGAUUAUGAUGGAUGUAACUCACAACAUCUGGUAAAUACCAUCAGGAGAAAAUGUUCACUCUGAAUCUUGUAUAUAGUUUUGUAUGCAUAAAUCAUUUAUCUAAGUACAUUGUGUCUUUUUAUUACUCUUUUAUGAUAGGCAAAUUUUCUUUGUGAGGCAUAUCUCUUUGAGCUGCAACAUUAGGAUCGAUUUGUAUAAAAGUCUUUCAAGAAAUAGUAUCUAGUUUUUUCAUAUUCUUAUACUAUGUCUCAGUAAUUAUGAGGGGGAAAAUGUAUAUUUUCACUAGGUUUUUAUUCUCCUUGCAUACUCUGCCUGCAAGGAAAAUUGCUUCUAAAACGUUACAGUUGUAAUAAUGUAUUGUCUGUUGUCACUCUGCUACAAUGCUGUUCGCCCUAAAUGAAUUCGCGCUUUUCAUAAUCAUACAAACUUAUUUAAUCAGGAUUAUCGCCGGUCAAACUUCAAAAGUAUAAUCUAUCAUAAACUGCAUGAUUAAGUAGGCUUGUGCGGUGAAGCUCUUUGAGCCCGCCUAUCCAUCCUGAGAAUACGUGAUGAAGGAUAAAGCAUCAAGUUUUGUGAUAUACUUUUAAAGACUGCGAAAUAAUAAAUAGUUAUACAAUCACCGUGUACAGUGACAUAGUACGCUCCACACAAAAAGUAACGAAAUUUCACCAUUCCAUAGAAUGAGAACGUGUAGAUUAUUUGUAAAAACUUAGUGUUUCUCUUAGGCUCAUAUUUUUCUAUAAAUACAUUUUUUUUGUAUUCCUAAAGUAGUGAAAUCGUAUUAGUUUUGUUUUUGUAUGACACAUUGGAGAGAUUAAAAGAAAUUGUGAUUUCUGAAAAAAA